AUGUCGAAGAGUUGUCCCGAGUGUGGCUCGUCUCGUGUGGUGGAGGAUGAUCUUUAUUCUCAGAAACAGUGGGUUUGUGAAGACUGUGGUUCAGUGGUCUCUGAAGGUCUUCUGACCACCACACUGUGUGAAGAAUCAUACAGCAGAGCUGUGCCCUUUUUCGCCUCUACAGCAGCCAUUAAGAAGCCGUGUCGAAAUCUAGUCGCUGGUUUCAGUCGUUUGCGUGCGCUGUGUCGAAUCUUCAGGUUAUCCAGCAGUAUGGAAGAUGAAGCGGCGAAUCUCUUCGAGCGCGCCUACAACCACCCGAACUUCCUCCACAUCAGCCUGAGCAAGAAGCAGGUUUUGGCCGGCUGCUGCAUCCUCUACGUCUGCCGCCAGAACAGCUGGCCGGUGUUCAUGGGCACCAUCGGUUACCUGCUGGAGGCCGACAAUUUCCAGAUGGGCAGCAUUUAUCAGGAGCUUACCAAGAGUCUGAACAUGCAGACCACCCACGUUUGCAUCACAAGCAUGCUGGAAAACUUCUGCUACGAUUUUAAGCUGGCUCCCCAUCAGGUGGAGGAGGUGUUCAGUGUAGCGCCGCAGCGGCUGGUGGACCGAACGUCUGCUCUUAUUGAACUGGCAGCUGACACCUGGAUCUUGACGGGACGCCAGCCGUUCCCUCUCUUCUUGGCAGCGGUUUAUGUGGCCUGGCAAUCGCUAAAUCCUUCGGCCCGAAUGAAAUACUCCUUGAUCAAGUUCUGCAAGAUUGCCAAAGCACCAGAGCAGCUGUGGUGCAAAAGCAGAGAGACGAUAAACAAACGGCUGAACGAGCUGCAGGAAGUACUAUGUAAACUAGGUCGAGAGCUGCCCUGGGUCAGGCCUACAGACAUCCAGAUGAACACCGUAACCACGCUGGUGGAGGACAUCCUGAAGCACCGCAAAGCCCUGCUUAUGAUGGCCGUAAAACACUAUGAGAAACAACUGGAAGAGACUCAAACAUCACAAAACUUAGAGUGUGAGCUGUCAGAUUCAAAGAGAUCUGAUCAGAUCCACUGUGAAAGUCCUCCUGAUGAAGAAGACGAGGAUUGUGAGCUUCCUCCUGAUCAUUGGGGUAAAAGGCACUUGUUUUUGCCACCCUGUGUGAGGAAUCAGAAGAGGCAGAAGGUAAAAGAAGCGACUCUGGAGGUCACCGGAGAUGAAGAGAUUUCAGACGGUGAAAUCGAGUCGUAUAUUCGAUCUGAGGAAGAGAUGAAAUUGUUUGCGAAGGCUCGUAAGGAGAUGUGUGAAUACUAAUCAGUGCUGAUUUAUUGCGACACUCAGGUUUUUGUUAUGCUAAUAUAUUUUUUGUUACUUGGAAUAGUUCUGUUGUAAGUUUGAAGGGUUUUUUUUUUUUUGCAAAACGUUGUUGUUAAUAAAAUAUUUUUGGUAAUAAA